UGCGAGGGGCCGCGCUGACUGCUGACGGGCGUCAGCGGCGGUAGGGGCAGUGUGGCGCUGACGGAAGAAGGAGCGAGAGCCUGGCGGAGGGGCAGAUCUCGCGAGAGCGGCUGGCUGCUGCUGGUGGCUGCGGAGGGGGUUGGAUCGGCGGCAGCAGCAGGAGCAGUAGCGGCGGCGGGAGGCGGCGGAGGCGGCGGCGGCCGGGGGGCGCAGGCAGGCGGGCGUCGGGCGGCCCGGCAGCAUCAUGGCGGACAGAGACAGCGGCAGCGAGCAGGGUGGCGGCGGCGGGGCGCCGGGCCCGGGCGGCGGCGGCGGGCCCGGCAGCAGCGGUGGUGUGGGCCUCCAGCACGAGACGCAGGAGCUGGCCUCUAAGCGAGUGGACAUCCAGAAUAAGCGUUUCUACUUGGACGUGAAGCAGAACGCCAAGGGCCGCUUCCUGAAGAUCGCGGAGGUGGGCGCAGGAGGCAGCAAGAGCCGGCUGACGCUCUCCAUGUCGGUGGCGGUGGAGUUCCGCGACUACCUGGGCGACUUCAUCGAGCACUACGCGCAGCUGGGCCCCAGCCAGCCCCCGGAACUGGCGCAGGCCGCGGAUGAGCCCCGGCGGGCCUUGAAGAGCGAAUUUCUGGUGCGCGAGAACCGCAAGUACUACAUGGAUCUGAAGGAGAACCAGCGCGGGCGGUUCCUGCGCAUCCGGCAGACGGUCAACCGCGGCCCGGGCCUGGGCUCCACGCAGGGCCAGACCAUCGCCUUGCCAGCCCAAGGGCUGAUCGAGUUCCGCGACGCCCUGGCCAAGCUCAUCGACGACUACGGUGUGGAGGAGGAGCCGGCCGAGCUGCCCGAGGGCACCUCCUUGACGGUGGACAACAAGCGAUUCUUCUUCGACGUGGGCUCCAACAAGUACGGCGUCUUUAUGCGGGUAAGCGAGGUCAAGCCCACCUACCGCAACUCCAUCACCGUCCCUUACAAGGUGUGGGCCAAGUUCGGGCACACCUUUUGCAAAUACUCGGACGAGAUGAAGAAGAUCCAAGAGAAGCAGAGGGACAAACGGGCAGCCGCCGCCGCCGCCGCCGCCUCCUCCUCCUCUUCGGGGGGAGCAGAGCAGCAGCCUGAGACCGAGAGCAGCAGCAGCACCGCUGCCACCACCGGCCCGCCAGGAGCCUUGCUGCAGGCCGAGGAGCCAGAGGAGGAUUGAUCUCCAUCCCUCCUUCACUCCCUCCUCCCCAAUACCCUCCUCCCCACUUGGCUGCCUCCUCCCUGCCCUGCUGCACAGAGACACUCGUAAUAAUAAUGACAACAACACACAGAGAAAGAGACGUUGUACUGUAAGCGAGAGAAAGAGAGAGAGAACCGACAUCCACACCCUGAAAAUAAUACAUACAGUUAAAUAUACCUGUUGUUCUAACUCCAAGGGGAGCACUACCACCCACUCACCACCAAAACUGACAGCCGAGCAAGCAACUUCUUUCUCUCCACCCCAUCGCUGGAUUGUUCCUUCCACUCUUGCCCAUCGUAUAAAACAGUAAGCAGCUGCUAAAAACAAAACAAAAAACAAAAAUUACAAAAAAAGUAAUAACAUUAUAUAUGAUGAACUGUGUUUCCUACUUGAUUAAAAAUAUAAAGAACUGAGUGUUUAUUUCCCUAAUUAACCAAGAACUUUUGUACACGUUUAAGCUAUUAUUAUUAUUAUUAAAAAAGUGUUUGCAAAAAUGGUCAAGAUUAAAAUAUUGCUGAAUUAUAUUAAAAAGAGAAAAUGUCCUUUUCAUGUUGAGCUAACAUUUGACUUUAGCACAAAAAGAGAUAUUUUAGAACACGUAAAAUAAUAUUUUUAGUUUUUCUUCUCAUUUUGUUACCAAAUUUCAAAACCUUACAUGGAGGUUAUUAUAGUAUAUUUGACACCCUAUAUACCUGUGAUUAGAGAUGUGUAUAUAUAUAUGAGGGCUAGGCAUGCUGUGUGUCUGAGCUUUGUCUAAAUGUUAUGCAGAAGUCUGUAGAGUUAAAAGGUACGUAGGUUUAAUUCAUGCAAGGUAAACAAUAAGUGCUCUCUUUUAUACAAUAUGCAUUGCAUCUGGACCUUAAACAUAUAAAAUGGUCAGUGAAACUUCUGUGAACAUGAAGAAAAAUUAUUAAAAAGGCAUUUAAAUGAAAUUUGCUAACUUGUGAUUUUUAUGGUUUGAACCAAAGUUAUUCAAAUAGUAAAAAAGAGAGAGAGAUUAUCUCCCAUAUUUUUCUGCACCUGUUUGGUUUACAACUAAGUAGGUAUAUUGUCAUUACUGUGUAUAUGAGAUGUACUUGUAUUGUUCAUAAUAUAUUUUUUUUAUGAUGUGUACUUAAAGUACUUUACGUGCAGCGAUUCCCAGUAAACCUGUUUUUGAAUAACAGGUGGUGAAGGGGUUUUUGUGUGUGUGUGGCCACUAGCACUAUCCCCUUAACUUUUGUGCUAGUGCUAACUUGAUUUAUAUAGGCCUGUAAUAGAAGUCAAUGCAACAUGAUUAUAGAGUAAUCCUACUGAGCCAUGGAUUUUGAGUUUCCUUUAAAAGUGAAAGCCAAGUUGGUGUGCUGUAAAAGAAAUUUUCAUGUAGCUGCGGUGCUAGUUAUUACUGGCUACAUACUUUAUACAUGUAGUAGUGACCCCCCAAGUGUGCAAACCUUCAGUUAAAAGUAUGUACUUUGUGUGAUUAUAUCAAAACUGUAGGGUAUGAAAACAGUCUGUGAGAACGCUAAUCUGUCAAGUAGUGUUCUCCAAAUUGCGAUUAUUUUACAGGAUUUUCUUUAAAAAUGUUUGUGUGCUUAUAAUUGACUAACUUCUUGCUGCUGUAUAGUAAAAUAUUAAUAUAUUUUUAUCAUUAAACUGCUGCAUGACUAUCAUCAUUGCAAGUGAAAAGAGUAUGUUAUAAAUGAUGCCUUAAAACAAUAGAAAAAGUAGCUGGAAUUCUGUAGGAAAAGUUGACAAAAUAAGAAUCUGUUUGAUUCUUGAGUUCUGGAGUGUACUCAUUUUCCUAACACCCUAACAAAUUUAACAAUUUAGAUUUAACUGCUGUAUGUAGAGGAUGCCACCUGUGGGAACAGAGAAUUUCUGUGCUUCUCAUUGAUUGUAAGAGGUUGGGCCUAGGAAAGACAAAGAGAUUGUUCAAAGGAAAUGUAUUUUCUGUUUUCAUUAAAAUAUAAUUCCUUUCUUGGAGAUGUAUUGUAAGUGUCAAUAUAAAAAUCUGUUUCCAUUGUGUCAUCCAUUUCCAGUUAAACAAGUUUGCUACUGGUGUCCAUAUAGCACCAAAUGUGCAAUAAUGCUAUAGUUUAGGAAUUUCUGUUUUGAGAAUCACUAGAAUUUAUUACAUAACUUUUUAAGGUGCACUUUUCCAUAUAGCAAAAAUAAGCUUCCAUAUCUCAUAAUGUGAUAACUGACUGGUUUUAGACUGCAUGUAAAUGUUGACUGGCAAACCUGCUUUGUUUUAAUUGGAGAGUUUGAGCAGUUUCAUACUGCAUUUGAAUGGUGAUGUGGAAAAAACUGCAUUCUCCAUGCUACAGGUAGUUAGGGAAGUUUAAAUUGCUUUGAUUCUGCUAUUUGGUUGUUUUGGUUCUACUUUAUAGUUUUAAAAGUUGCAAUACUGCAGAUUGCCAGAUUUUUUUUAGCAAUAACUUGUGUAGAUCAGUGGGCAGCAAAGUGUCUUUUUAAAGAGCAAAAUCCCUACAGUAGGGCCCCACUUUACGGCGUUCAGCUUUACAGCGUUCCGUUGAUGCGGCGACUUUCAAUCGGGAAAUUCCCCGUUUUAAAGCCAAUUUUGCCAUUUUGCGGCAUUUUUGCACAACGCAACCCAUUAAAGUCAAUGGGUUCCACUUUACGGCGAUUUCUGCUUUAUAGCGGGGGCCUGGUCCCUAACCCGCCAUAUAAGCGGGGCCCUACUAUAUUCAGUUUUGGGCUAGAAUCCAACACUAGUCUUUAAAGAAGCUGAAAGUGGUUUGUGUUAUGAUACAAACAUACAUUUCAUUUUGUCCCACUAUUGCCUCUGAUCAAACAGCUAAGUUUUGCAGGUUUAUAAAGCAAAACAAAGGACCUCUAAUCAGAGGCAAAGGUGGAAUGAGUACAUACUACAAGAAAGCAGUCACUCUUUCAAACCACUUUAGACUCCCUGAAAAUCUGUUGUCUGACUCUAGCCAACAACUUAGAUUGGUUUAGUCAUUGAAAUCAAUAGAAUCAGCAUUUUCCCUUUUCUGAGAAUCAAAAUUCAUGAAAAGAAACUGUACUUGACCCACACAUCUGAGAACUAUCAUUGAUCCGAGUGGGCCAAGCUGAUGUGUGGGUUGUGCUGUUCUCAUAUACAGUAGGGCCCCGCUUUACAGCACUUCGCUAAUGCAGCAGUGUCAAUUAGACGCAAUUAGACUAAAGCCCCACUCAUAUGGCACUUGUUCCGCUUUUACAGCGGUUUUCGGCCGUCGCACACCAUUCUAUUCAAUUUCCGCUUUUCAGCGGGGGUCCGGAACGUAACCCACCGUAUGAAUGGGGCCCUACUGUAGUUCCAUCUUACCACAGCUUUAGCAACAUUUUGUGUCCUGAGUCUGAACGUUUUGAGUUAUAUAAGCACUGUAGAUAUUCUAGGACUUGAUCAAUAGUAAUAACAAGAUGUUACAUUGAUUAUAAAUGACUUUGUUAUGAGUCUCACUUUUUUUCCAGUUGAGGUGCUCAGUUUUUUACCAAGGUUGUACAGCUCACUGUUUAAAAUGAACAACAGUGGGAGAACCUUGUUUUAAGGCCAGGAGAAGAAAAGAAACGGUAUAUUUGACCAUAUUUGGUGUUCUAAAAACAGUAUGCUCAAAUGUGCCAAGCAAUCCACCUUGGGAAAACAUGCCUUAUUUUCUUCAAUAUGUUUUCAGUGUCGUGUAGGGAAGAUCCAAGAUCAUAAUGCUACUUUAUAUGAAGUGCAAGAAAACUUGAAAUCUACUGCAAUACAAGCAUAGUCUUUUUUGUUUUCCUUUUUAAGCUAAAGGGACACUGUCAAGUAACUUUAACAUUUAAAAUAUGACCUCCCUUUCGGGUGAUUACAGCAUGGCAAAUAAUGUCCUUAUUUUGAGUCCACUUGUUUUUUUUAAUUGCUCUGUCUGAGAAAUUAAAUAAACACGUUAAAAAUUA